AUGCAUCGUCUGCAAAAUGGCACCAGCCCGAAGCUCAACCUCUUUGCCGGCGAGGCUAUGACGACUUUGCCGACCCAUCCUACCCGCACAACCUGGCCAGUUGAUGAAGACGUCCUCGACCUGGACCCGGCGCCUGUAGAUUUUGCGGUCUCGAGGCCUCUCGUGAAGGUCAGCGAGUUCGGCAUGACUGAUACCCGCGGAGACGGCAUAUUCACGCCGCGCCAGGGCUCGAUAACCGAGUCCCAACUGUCGACCAACAACGUCGCGUCUGCCGGCGAGGCUGGAGGCGAUGAAUGCACUCGUUUGAUUACACUUGAAGCGUCUGACAGUCGGUGGGACGAACCAGCUUGGCAAAAGGAGCUGGGACAUUCUGGGCCCAGAGACCUGACCGAGUCGGUCCGGGAGUCUUGGCCUAAAGAGAGAAAGUACAUCAUAAGGACUGUUGGUUCGCGAAAUCGGUUUUGGUCGGACAUCAGCAAGCCUGACCUGCAGUUCGUUGCCUGGCAGAACAACCACACCAAGUUGACCUUAACCGCCAGUUGGAGGACAACUAAGGCAAGUAACUUCAAGAGAAAAGAAGACAUUUCAUUCCUAUGCAAGCAUGUUUCGAGAUCUACAGUAAUUCAUGAAUACAAAUUUAGCCAUUAA